AUGGUGAAUGAAGUUGAAAGAGCUGAGGAAGAAGCAGCGAUACGUGAUAACCGUCGACCAACUACUACUCGUAUGGUUUUUGAAGAAAGUAGGAGAAGAAAUAUAGCACGUGGUCAGCGUGCAUUACCUACGGCUAAUGAGGUCAUAAUUGUGUAUGUUGGAGAAGAAAAUGAUGUUCCUCUUCCCAGAAAUCCUGCAGUGUUCCUCAGGGAGUCAGAUGGGACUUUUUCAUUAAACAUCAGCGAUAUUGACAAAAGAUGCGACCUUCUUACGUAUCCGCUUCUUUUUCCAAAUGGAAGAGGCAAGCUCUUUCAGGAGUUUGCUGUUGAUACUUACGCGAAAAUAGAGCAGAAUCGUUUGAACUAUCAUAAAACCCAUCAGGUCAAUCUUCGCUCUGACUCCUAUAGAGGUCUACAAAAUUACCUAGCCGGAGAACAUAACUACGGACCUCCAAGAAAUCGCAUUGUAUUAGCGUCGUCACAUAUCGAUAGUCCAAGGGCAAUGCAACAAUCCUAUCAAGAUGUCAUGGCUAUAGUUUCUCGAUAUCUAAAGCCCACCUAUUUUCUUAUGAUUACCUGUAAUCCUCAAGGGCACGAGAUUCAAGAGAACCUUUACGAAGGACAAGUGGCCUCUGAUAGACCAGAUCUAACGGCGCGUGUCUUCAGUGGAAAACUAAAGGAAUUAUGUAAUGACCUAUUCAAAAGACGUGCUCGGGGAAAUAGAAGCGGGCCCGAUCGUGCGCAAAUAACUAUUGAAAGCGAUUCUGGUGGUAGCGGAAAUCAUGUGGUAGACGAGGUAAAAGAGCAUUUGAACACUCGAUAUGUCUGCCCACCUCAAGCUCUUCACAUAGUGUUUGGGUUUGCUAUGCAAGAGAAAUCUCACACUGUGUGCAGAUUGGCUGUUCACCUACCUGAAUAUCAGACAGUUUGCUUCGUCACGGGACAAGAGCAACAAGCUCUAGAUGGCACGCAAUCUAACUUCACGACCCUUACCGCUUAUAUCGAGCUCAACCGGCUAUGUGCUAAUGUUUUCGACAAUGGCCAGCUGUCUGAUAUGAACAUUGAUGCUCGCGAAAUUUUUUAUUGUCAGAUCCCCGAGCAUUUUUCAAUCACAGCACGCCAUGGAAACCAAGAAGACGUGGAGGGAGAGAAAUAG